UGGCUAUGCGAGAAAACAUGGAGGCAUCGCGCGCACCUCUUUAUAUCAUCUUGCACCUCUCAUCUGACACGCCCACUGAUGGGAGCACAAGCCAGAAGCCACAUACAUACACGGUAUUCCCCUGUUGGUAGAAUGAAAGCCAGCGCGUGCUGUUACCGCCAGGGGAUUGGAGCAAUGACUUGUCAGUAAAGUCACCCACCCUCUGAGUAUCUCAGACAGAGUUAGAAUUGUUUGAGACACAGAGCAAGGCGGCGAGACACUGGCAUAACUGAUUUAACCAGACCGGGACAGAACGACACUCAAGUCCGAGGGAGAUGGAGGAGGAGAUGCUACCUGCAGACGAAGGUCUCUCUGCGCCCAAAAUCUGCAGGCAGCAGCAGCAGCAGCGGAGUCCGUACAGCUCCCUCAAGACCUUCACGAGCAAGCGCGCGGCGGGCAAGGCGAGAUAUGACAGACCCACAAUGGUGGACAUCCCGCAGCUCGGAGACCAUCCUCAUCAUCUCAGUCAUCAGCAGCAGCAGCAGCAGCAGUAUUCACAGCGCGUGCCGCUUCCGCCAGCGUCCCUCUCCAUCAGCAGCAGCCAGCAGCACCGUCUCCCCUGCGAAAUCAGGCCCAGCAGUAGAGUCGCGACAUCCAGCGCGGCAUCAGCGGGGAGCGCCACGGCGGCAGCGGCGGCGACAUCAUUUGGCAACCAGAGGAGGGUCGCCGGCCAGGAGCCCGGCAGAUACCCGGCGGGUCGCGCCGAGCUCAGCCACCAGUCUCCAGACUGCACCUAUGGAAUAAGCUCAGAAAACCGGCUCAUAUUGGAUGCUUUUGCCCAGCAGUGCAGUCGAGUACUCGGCCUCCUCAACAGCAACGGACGGCUCCUUGAGCCCCAGCCUUCUCGCGUCCCUCCAUCCUCUUCCAUCUCCUCUCUUAUAAAACAGGAGGACAGCUGCCUGUCUCCAGGAGAGAGGCUCAGUUCUAAGCCCAGAUCAGAGGACUCAUCCCUGGAGAACACAGGUGAGGAGAGCCAACGGGGCAACCACUGGAGCCAGCAGCAGACUUCCGCUUUCCUCCAGAUUUUCACAGAGUCGCUUCAGAACUACCUGCUCUCUGGACCCCAGUCAUCAGACAGUGAACGGAGUCGCCCGGUAGAGGCUGAACCGGCAGCAUCAGGGUCCCCGAGGCAGAUCUUAGGUGGCUGGGCUUCACCAGCACCGUCUGAAUCAUACGGACACCCCUCGUCCACACUGCCUGAGGAAGAUGAGGAGGAAGGUUGUUGUCCACGCUGUAUGGAGCUAGAACAGGAAGUUCUUAGUCUACAGCAGGAAAACGAGGAACUGAGACAAAAACUGGACAAUAUACCAGCUCCUUGCCAGAAUGUUCUGGACUUUUUUAAGACUGUUCUUCAGCACUACAACCAAUUUGUGCAGCCCCAGCCUGAAGAGCAGCUUACCGAGGGCAGUAAACAGCUUCUGGGAAACUAUCCUCUCUUCAUCACCAAUAAGCAGUGGGACGAGGCAGUCAACUCCUCAAAAAAAGAUGGCCGGCGGCUCCUGCGUUACCUUAUCCGGUUCGUGUUCAGCACAGAUGAGCUGAAAUACUCAUGCGGUCUGGGGAAGAGGAAACGUUCGGUACACACAGGGGAGCCGGGGCCGGAGAGAAGACCUCUCAACCCCGUCAAGGUCACUUGUCUCAGAGAGUUUAUCCGGAUGCACUGUGUUUCUAAUCCUGACUGGUGGAUGCCCUCUGAGGAGCAGAUAAACAAAGUCUUCAGCGAUGCAGUAGGGCACGCGCGGCAGGGCCGGGCUGUAGGCGCUUUCCUGGCCAGCGGUAGCAGCAGUAGUGGUAGUUUAUACAUGGAGAGCUAUGACGGGCAGCUCUCUCAGGAUGAGCUCUAUCUGAAGGGCUCGCAGAAUGGUUUGGGGGACUAAAGAAGAAAAAUACGUCCAAAUCAUGGAUCAAGGUGAGGAGUGAGCCCUCCGGAUCGGCUCAUACAGAAAUUGCAGCACUUACAUGAUGUUAACGUGGCUUGUGUAUGAAUAUAAUCCUUAUUCCUUCCUGUCAAAACAUUCCAGGGCAUUCACACCUACCCACUAAAUUAUGUGGGAUUCUUCCAAGCUUUUUUUGUUCAACUUAAACGGUUAGUGGUCACUAGGCAGCAGAGUUGGUUGAAUUCUACACAAUAUCAGAUUUAGUAUGUGCUCCAUUUCCUAAUUCAUUCCAUCGAAUGUGAGCAACAUGAAUGUAUCCAUUUUACUGCAUUGUAAAUAAUGAGAGCUUCCUUUCUUGUGUCAGAUUGGUCAGAUGUUCACACAGACAGCCUGCAAAUGAGGUGCUAAUAUGAUUUUCUGUUAUUCUCUCUGAUAUGGUUCAAUUUAAAGUGCUGCCCUCUAUUUUAUCAUAUGAUGUUGAAUAAUCUGUGAUGUUUAUAAAAACUGUAAUGUUGCGAAAUCAGUUUCAUAGUGGCUGCAGGAUGAUUUACUGAACUCUACAAUUUGUCCGUGUCUGUGAUUGUGGAGAUACAGUAAGUCUGUAAUAUAAUGCGUUGGGUGGCUUCCUAAUCUUUCCUCUGAUCCAGUAAGGAGGCGAUGUUGUUUGUAAUUUGUGUUGCUGGUUCUUGAUUGUAGUUCGUCAAGCACCACAAAGAUCAUGUUUAAAGGAUCAGCCGGACUUCAUUUAUUCUACCACAUUAUGAUAUUCUGUGUGACUGCAUAAAAGACUAAAUGAAAUGCCUUAAAAAGAGACACCAUCUACCACUAAGAACUACAAAUA